ACGUCAAUUAUUAAAGUGUAUUAUUUUUUGCUUCUGCUUUUUCCAUUUGUUGUGUGUGCUUUUUCGGGGUUUAUAUAUGGACUUUAUUACCUUUAAGAGUAACGAAUAAAAAAAAUAACAACAGCCAGCUACAACACAAUAAAAUAUUAAAGUGCUGCGCUCUGAGCUCUCCUUUUUCUGUUGUUCUUGUUGGUCGUGGUUGACGACGACGACGACAACCACGACUACGACGACGACGACGACAACAAUAAAUGUUGUGUGUCGGUGGCCGUUCGGUCGUGAAUGUUCGUUCGUUUGUAUGUUUGUUGUUUUGUUGACGGCUGUUGGUUACGGUGUCUAAGGCACUGACUUAACAGCAACUACAACCACACAACAACAGUGCUAAAUGUUCCGACUUACAAACGUGACGUGUUUUUAAUUUCGAGUGUCGUUUCUUCUACUUCUUACUUGUUUGCUUGUAGGCUCUCCCUUCGUUCUUCUCCGCGUUUUCAAAGCGAACGACCGACCGACCCCGUGUGUGCCUUGUGUUCCCAAUUGUGAUACUAUUACUACAGCAACAACAACAAUAUCAACAAUCAUACACUCACACACAUAAUAAAUAAACAGAAGCACAUCUCUUGCUUUGGUCGUCGUCUAUGAGGAAACUUGAAAAAAAAGAAAAGAAUACAACAAAGGCAAGCAAUCGUGCAAUAGCAGCGAGAAAAUUGUGCAAAAUACCUAUAAAUUCCAAGCAAAUUAGAAAUUAAGAAAAAAAAAAUGAAAUAAUUACCUACUAUACGCAGAGCACCCCAAUGUCAAGUGAUGAGAGUAUCCAAUGGAUUAAAAAUUCAAGCGAAGUGUAAUUAAAACUUUAUAAAGAAAAAUAAUUGAAAUGUAUUAUAAUUUUAUAUAAUAACUCAAAAAAAAUCAGAAGCCUAAAGCAUUCCACAAAGUGUUCUUAAACAAUCUGCCUUUCUUUGAGCAAAGGCAGAACCAGACCAGUGUAGAUUUGAAAGAAACAAAAAUGGUCUUAAUUCACUUAAUUCAACCCAAAGAAAACUUUCAACCUCAUCUCGUGUGAAUCUUCUGUAGGAAUAUUUAAUUUUGUUAUAAUUUCUUCACACUUCUCUUAAGCGAAGAAAAUAAAAUCAAUUUUAUUUUAGUGCUGGUGUACAUAGACGAAGAAAAAAAAAAUAAACAACACAAAUUAACAUAGUGAACAACGUCCAACGUCAAAAGAAAUAUAUAUAUGUAAAUCCAAAUAUAUACAGAUGGACAUACACACCUACAUUCAGAUGUCUGUAUGUAUACAAAAACAACAACGAAAACAAGACAACAUAGCAGCAGUGGUGACUGCCAGCAGCAGAGCAUUAUUAGCAGCUGUCAAUAAAGCCGGUCGGAAAACAGCUGUUUAAUCUUAUGUAUGUAUAUGUUGUUCGCCGUUGAAGCACACACCACUCUCAAUUGUUCUCGAAACGAGAGCGAGAGCAACGAAAGCACUCGUUAAAUUCUCAUGUGUAGAGGAGCCAUCUAGCCAAAACCAUACUCAAGAAAAUGGAUUUCUAAACAAAAGGAAAAAAAAAACAAAAUAACCGAAAAACUCUGUGCUCUCAUCAGAGUAAAGUGAAUAUAAAAACGAGAGACUUACAACGCAGAGUAAAUUGUUGGAGAGUUUUGACUCCGGUCAACGUAAAACUCCCCAAUCACACAUAUUUACUCCCCAACAAAGGCUACUUUUCAAACUCACCCAAUGUCUCUCACUUUGCCAAUGUCGCUAAUAGAGACUUCAACACUAACCGAAAGUUCAGCACAUAGAAAUUUUACCAAAUAUCAGACGACAAAUCCCAUGGUUGUUAUACAAGCAACAACAACAACAUCAUCCACAACAGCAGCAGCAGUGACAGCAGCAUCCCACAAAAACAACAGCUUAAUUCCGCAAACAACAUCUAGAACAACAACGACAACAACAAAACGUACACGCAAAAGAUCAACAACAGAUUUCUCAACGUCAACCACCACAACGGCGGCAGCUGCUGCUGCUGCACUUCUAACAAAUGUAAAUUACAUCAAUCCCACAAUAGCAGCAACAGCAACAACAAAACGGAAUAGAAAACAACUGCAGCAGCAGCAGCAACAACAGCAACAGCAAACUUUAUAUGUGCAACAGAGAAUGUCCGCCGGCGCUCAAUUGCAGAUGGCCCCACAGACAUCGACGUCAAUAAGCCAUCAUACAACGCCACAGCAACAGCAACAACAUUUUGUUCAUAAUCCUCAACAGCAGCCGCAACAACAGGCGCAACCACAGCAGCAGCAAGCUAUAUUGUCACAAGUCCAGCAGCCGCAGCCUCAAAUAAUACAACAGCAAACACAUCAACAACAGCAGCAGCAACAACAAUUGCAGUUGCAACAGCAGCAUAUAACACAUUAUACACAACAGCCUCCGACGCUUGCCACAGCACACCAUACAACACAUCUUCAACCGCACCCACAGCAACAACCACAGCAUCACCAUCUUCAAGGGCAAACGCCGCAACAAGGAAGCCAGCUUCCACAGCAACAGCAACAUACGCAACAUUUGCUGUUGCAUCAGCAGCAGCAACAUAGCGGCGGUGGUCACAGCAGUAAUCCUGACUCGAAUAUGAGCACUGGCUCUUCGCACAGCGAAAAAGAUGUUGUUAAUCCAGAUAUGUUAAGCACACAGCAACAAUCCAGCGGUAUUGUCCAACAAAUUGGUAUUUUACAACAACAGCAAACAACUGUCAACGUUUCGCCAGCUGGCAACGGUAUGAUGAACACCAGCGGUAUGGGUAUAUCAGCUGAUCCUAAUGCCAUGCAAACCACAAACCACCACCUUCCACACCAACUGACACAUCAGCAACAGACCGUGGGCGGUGGCGCUGCUGGUGGGGUUGUUGGAACAACGACCACAGGUCGCAUGGAAAAACUAUCACGAACACCAACUGAACGUAAACGAAAAAGAAAGAUAGCCGCAUUGCAUGCGGAUGAUAGUGGUGGUGCCGGUGGUGGAGGUGGAGGCGGCGGUCCUGGCAGUGGCAAUGGAGGUGCUCAACAGGAUCGUCUCCAAAUGCCCGGUUCAGGUGUAGGAGGGGGCGGCAAGACGCCGCGACUAUUGCCGCCCGGUAGCGGUGGUUCAGUUGGCGAUAAUAAAAAAAUUAACGACUAUUUUAAUGCGAAACACAGUGUACAGUCAGCGGCCAAUAGUCCUAUGAGGCAUACAGCUGGGGGUGGCUCGAAGAGCCCCUCAUCGGCUGGCCCGCAGCAGCAGUCGCAGCAGCCGGGGCCACAGGCCCAACAAGUGCCAACAUCCGUAGGCGGUAACAGCACGUAUCCCAUGUAUCCACCUAGUCCACAACAACCACAAAUGCCAGCACCUGGCAUACCGCCCACACCCACGUCACAACCCCCGCCUCCAGAUUUCCAUUACAGUAGUGUAGUGGCCGCCAACUCGGUAACGGGCAAGCAGCAAAGGCAACAGCAAACUUCCAAUGCAAUGGUUCCUCCGCAAUCACCACUCGUUGGUGUCGGUAAUGUUGGUCUAAUGUCAUCCUCCCACAUGGUACACAACCAAUCAGCAGCUGGGGCGGCAGCCCUAUUGGGUGGCCAAGCAACAACAGGUGCGGGCGGCGGAGGCAAUGGCCCACCACCCCCUCCUCUGCCACAACAGCAGCAACAGCCAACUCUUCAACUUCCCGCCUCUUCCGUCGUUGCUACCACCGUGCAACAAACACUGACGACCUCGCAGCAACAGCAACUGGCUGCUGCAGCGGCCGCCCAACUGAAUUCACUGCAACAUGCCGGCAUGCUGACAAACCCAGGCGGCGGUGUACCACAGAACGCCGGUGCGCCCCAGCAGCAACCCUCGACAGCGAUGGUUACCAAAGCAACACAAACCGACCUCUCACAACACGAAAUGCAAGAGCGUGAAUCGGAAAGUGAAACAAGUAAAUCAAAAUUGGAUGAGAUGACAAGACUGUCUGAUGAACAAAAAUGUCAAAUUAUUGCUCAUCAAAAACUAAUCGAUCAACAUAAAUCCCACAUAGCCAAGUGUAUUGAUGUGGUCAAGAAGCUACUGAAGGAGAAGUCCAGCAUUGAGAAAAAGGAGGCUCGCCAGAAAUGUAUGCAGAAUCGCCUGCGGCUGGGCCAAUUCGUUACACAGCGUGUAGGUGCUACAUUCCAGGAGAACUGGACUGAUGGUUAUGCCUUCCAGGAGUUGAGCCGACGACAGGAGGAAAUCUCCGCUGAGCGCGAAGAAAUCGAUCGUCAAAAGAAGCAACUAAUGAAGAAACGGCCUGCCGAAUCUGGUCGAAAGCGUAACAACAAUAGCCAGCAGAAUUCCAAUUCCAAUGAUUCCUCCAACCUGAAUGCCGGUUGUGAUCGCCUAUCGGGCAAUGACAGCGGCAUUGGUAGUGUAACUUCAGGGUCCGGCGGUGGUGGAAGUGGUCGUGGCCUGACGCGAUCAAAUUCAACGCAAGCUCAAAGUCAACUGCUACACAAUGGCGGUGGCAGUGGCACCAGUGGCACUGGCAUAGGUAGUGAUCGCCUAUCGGAUCGCGGAGGUGGCGGUUCGGGACGCGGCGAUAAUUCUGGCAGUGGUUCCGAUUCAGCAACGUUCCUUAAACCCGAUCCUGUAUCGGGUGUCUAUACCGCUCAAGAAUAUUACGAAUAUGAUGAGAUUCUUAAACUACGUCAAAAUGCUCUCAAAAAAGAAGAUGCCGAUCUUCAGUUGGAAAUGGAGAAGUUAGAACGUGAACGCAAUUUGCAUAUACGUGAAUUGAAACGCAUUUUAAAUGAAGAUCAGUCCCGCUUUAAUAAUCAUCCAGUAUUGAAUGAUCGUUACCUAUUGCUGAUGCUAUUGGGUAAAGGUGGUUUCUCUGAAGUCCAUAAAGCAUUCGAUUUAAAGGAACAACGUUAUGUUGCAUGUAAAGUUCAUCAAUUGAAUAAGGAUUGGAAAGAAGAUAAAAAGGCCAACUAUAUCAAACAUGCUUUAAGAGAAUAUAAUAUUCAUAAGGCACUCGAUCAUCCUAGAGUGGUGAAAUUAUACGAUGUCUUUGAAAUUGAUGCCAAUUCAUUUUGUACGGUUUUGGAAUAUUGUGAUGGUCAUGAUUUAGAUUUUUAUCUAAAACAACAUAAGACGAUACCAGAACGUGAAGCACGUUCAAUAAUCAUGCAGGUUGUUUCUGCUUUAAAAUAUUUGAAUGAGAUUAAACCACCAGUCAUACAUUACGAUUUGAAACCUGGUAAUAUUUUAUUAACCGAGGGCAAUGUAUGUGGCGAGAUCAAAAUAACCGAUUUUGGUUUGUCCAAAGUAAUGGACGAUGAAAAUUAUAAUCCAGAUCAUGGCAUGGACCUAACCUCCCAAGGAGCAGGAACAUAUUGGUAUUUACCACCUGAAUGCUUUGUUGUGGGUAAAAAUCCUCCAAAAAUCUCUUCAAAAGUCGAUGUAUGGAGUGUGGGUGUUAUUUUCUAUCAGUGUCUGUAUGGCAAGAAACCGUUUGGCCAUAAUCAAUCACAAGCUACUAUCUUAGAGGAGAAUACGAUUUUAAAAGCAACUGAAGUACAAUUCUCCAACAAGCCCACAGUGUCUAAUGAAGCUAAGAGUUUUAUUAGAGGCUGUCUGGCUUAUCGCAAAGAAGAUCGCAUGGAUGUAUUUUCGCUGGCGCGGCAUGAAUACAUACAACCCCCCAUUCCGAAGCAUGGCCGUGGUCAAUCGCUUACCCAACAACAGCAGCAACAACAACAGCAGCAACAACAGCAGCAGCAACAGCAGCAAUCAUCAGGUAAUCAAGCCAACUCUGCCGGACAGACAUCAUUCUCAGCGGGCAUGUUUGGCAAUUUGAAUCAAUCGAGUUCGUCCUAGCUGCACACUAAACGUAAUUCCAAUUCAUAAUUGUUAAAGUUAAUACAAAGUAAUAGUAGCAACAUCAAUCAUAAUCAACACAACAACAACAACAACAAUAAUAACACCAACAAUCAUCAUCCACAACAG